AUUAUGGCAAACCUUCUCAUGGUUCCAUGCCAACCCCUAUUACUGAAGAAGCAUAAGUUUCACAGACUUUGCCAUAUAAAGCAAAUAUCCAACUCAAUUAGGAAUGAGAAAACUUCCUCAUUCAGUUUCAGAAGCAAUGCUAAUGUUCCUCUUCAUGAAUUGCCAGGGGCUUCUUUUGAUCAAUAUAUGGAUGACAAGUGCAGGGUACUCAGAGCAGUAUUUCCUGAGAAAGGAACAACUAAACAGCUCAAUGAGGAAGAGUGGAGGAUUAAAAUGCCUCCCAUACAAUGCUUAUUCUUGAAUGUCAAGCCAACAGCAGAUGUAAGGUUAACAUUCAAGUCUAAUGGUGAAGAUUACCCACCUCACAUUCCUCAUUAUAUCACCAAAAUUCUUGAGCUUCACUUUAUGAGGUGGGAGCUACAGGGUCUAAAUACCUUUUACACUGAUCCUUACCAUUUAAACCUAGACGUUAGAGGUACUAUAUACCCAGAAAGGAGGGGAACCCAUAGCUGGCUUAAGAAUCAAAUGGAUAUGAAGAUAAGCUUUUGUGUUUCUCCAGCAAUGGCUCUCAUUCCUGAAAAUGCCAUGCAAGAUGCAGUAGAAUUGGUUUUCAAUACUGUGGGGAAUGAAAUGAAGAAGGAAUUCCACAGCAGAUUAUUAGAAGAUUAUAACAAGUUCAAGAGAAACAAAUCUAUGAAGAAUUCAGUCUAG